AUGGAGACAUCUGUUGUCAAUCAUAUUAGCAACAAGCACUCAUGGAGACAUGCUAAGCAUUUCAAGAAAUGUGCUCACCAUAAAUUGAGCCGACGGGAGAAGAAAGAAAAGCCUUGGCUAAAACCUGGUACUGCUGCUCUUGUUGCCCUUGAGGACAUAGUCUUCAACAUAAAGCUACUCAGGGAUUUAAAGCUGGUAACAGAGUUUCAUCAUACUGGAAAUCUGGAAGUUUAUCAUUCCAUAAUGCUAAAGUACUGUCCCAAGAGGCAGCACUUUAACCAUGAAGGAAUGGUUGCUAGAACACAGCUUGCUGCCCUGGACAAUAAUCACAAUUGCUCUAGGAAGCAAGCUGUGGUCAAGAAGGGAUCCAAUGUGGGCAGUCUACGAUACAAUCUUGUUUUCCCAAAGAUGCGCAAAACAUGGGUAGUAAAGCCAAUUAAGGAGGCCAAGCAGUUUGAUUACAUUACUACACUGAUGGAAAAUAUCCUCAGGUAUAAAAAAUCAAAGAAACCGAAGAAAUCCCAGAAAGCCAAAAAGUCUGCCAAACAUGCAAAAAAUAUUGCCACAAAAGAGAAACCAGACAAGGAAACAGCAAUCAAGGCUCACAUUAGCAGAUUCUAG